CAAGCUUUGUCUGAAGUCGGCUUGUUUCUUCUGGAUCUACCUACACCUUUCAUUGUGUAGUAUUUAAUAUUUCAGUAGAGAGACCGCACACACACACACUCUCCACAGAUAUGCCUACGAAGACUUUCGGUCUUCGACCAGUUGAGCAUUCUGAAAAUCUUUCUCAAGGAAAUCGAGUUCCACUGGAGGCUUUACAAAUGUUGACCCAAAGUGUCUCCAAGUGUAAUCAAGAUUAUAUACAGCCACUUCCUCUGAAGGACGAUGAACAAAAGAAGUCACCCUUGGCACUUCUGGCGGCUACGUGUAGUAGCAUCGGCAAAGCUGAACCCGCAAAAACAGCGGAACCCGAGCGAGAUAACACAUCACUUUCAACCAAGAUAAGCUCGGACGAAACAAGAUCCUCGUUCAAACCUUACAAACAAACCGGCGAGAAAGGAGAAGAAAUGACAGAGAAAGCAAGUUUUCGCACUCCAAGUAAGGAAAAUACUUCCCGUGCAUCUCCAACUGAUACUAAGGAUGAACCAAGUAAAUUAACGGGCUUUCCGUACUCAGUAAGCGAAGGUGAAGGACAUUGCGGAUUUGUACAUUCUCAGGCAAGUCGUGGCUGUGGCUUAGUCGUUGAGUCAGGACAAGCUGGACAAAACUUGCAGUCACUACACAAGGAAUGCGGUGGAAAUUGCUCUCAUCCUUCAACUCUUAUACCAUUUAAAGGGUCUUUGCCUUAUCCUCCGGCCCUGGUGGGGCUAGAACAGUCGGCACUUAAAUCCCAUGGAAUACCUACAUCACUGGGGAGUAUAGCCCCGAUCUAUCCUCAAUGUGCCUGUGUUUUCUGUUCCCCACACGGAGAAAGUGCUGCUGCUGCUGCAGCUCAAGGGAUUCCACUACCCCAGGCUUCAUCGAGACCGUUACAGCUACAUACACCGGCUACUCCAUACGUGGAUUAUCUUCAGCGAACAAUCUGUCGGGAUGCAAACUGUACGAACUGCAGGGCUCAAGUGAGUCCAUAUGGACUUGCCAGCCCAGUGCAACAAUGUGGACCUCAUUGUGUUCAGUGUGAAAAUAUCAAGACUCCAGAACAAUCUUCAACUCCCUAUUCGUGUUUCUAUCCACAUAAUCUAGCUAUGUUUAAGAGCACUCAAGAUGAAGCGCACCCCUACGUCUGUAACUGGGUUUCGGGAGCUAAACACUGUGGGAAAUCCUUCUCUACUUCAGAAGAUCUUUUCCAACAUCUUCGAAGUCAUACACAACUUGGAAAUUCGGUCAGUCCUCCGGUUCCUCAACCAGCCCCGUCUUGUAAUGUUCAUGGUUGCCCUUGUAAGCUUCAAGGAAGCCAAGCUUCUCUUCAUGCAUCACGCUAUCGACCAUAUUACUACAAGCCGUCUGUAAUUCCAAGUCCACCUACAGCUCCUAUAAGCUGUUAUUCUACGUCUCCUUACGGACCUAUUCAUAGCCUCGCGUACGACCCACAUCGAUUAUUCAAAUGAAAAGACUAAACUUAAUUCAAGAUAUUCAAACUGUAUAUAUAGAAUAGAAUUAAUAGGGAAAUGUCCUAUUGUAUUUAGAAUAAAAAUAGAACAUUGGAACAGUAAGUGUAGUCUAUUAUGGAGAAUUGUAGGUACGCUCAAAAAGUGAAACUUUCAAGUAGAUGUACGAUUUAGUAGUUUUGGAAACUAAUUUACACAGUUAAUAGUUAUAUAUAGAUAAGAAUAAACCCCAAAGAAGCAAUCAAGAACCAUAGUAAUUUGAAGUCAUAUCGCAAACGAAGAGGGAAAAUAUAUACAAUUAGGUGAAAAGGGUUUCAGAUUCUCUAAAAUUUGUGGACUUUUUUUUGUGAAUGUGUGAAUUCGCCUCUUUUUGUACAAAUGUAUUUCCGACAAAGUCAAUAGACAGACUCUGUUCGUUUUAGGGUCUUCGUGUUUGAUUGAAAAUAUUAGCGCGCGACAUGUAAAAAGUACCGUACUUGGUCAAAAUAAUGAAUAAAACAUGCUUUCCUCAUUUCAA